AUGGCAGACUUCAACGUGGAACAGGUUCUGGAACAGCUCACGCUCGAUGUGAAGAUCAGCCUGCUUUCGGGCAAGGACUUUUGGCACACACAGCCGAUUCCGCGGCUGUCUAUCCCCUCACUUCGAAUGUGCGAUGGGCCCAAUGGCAUUCGUGGAGUCCGCCACUUCGACCCUGUGCCAGCCUCAUGCCUGCCGUGUGGGACUGCUCUCGGUGCCCUAUGGGACCCCGAGUUGCUCGAGAUCGGUGGCCAGCUGAUGGGCGAGGAAGCUCGCGCAAAGGGCAUACAUAUCCUUCUUGGGCCGACGGUUAACAUACAGCGCUCGCCGCUGGGUGGCCGAGGAUUUGAGAGCUACAGCGAGGACCCCGUGCUCUCUGGCACGUUAGCAGCGGCUCACAUCCAUGGUAUGCAGUCUAAGGGCGUUGCGACCACGAUCAAGCAUUUUGUCUGCAAUGACCAGGAACAUGAGCGGAAGGCCGUCAACGUUAUUGUCUCGGACCGCGCGUUAAGGGAGAUCUAUCUGAUGCCGUUCCAGGUUGCGCUGCAGCAAUGUGAUCCUUGGGGCCUGAUGACCUCCUACAACAAGGUCAACGGCACUCAUGUCAAUCUGGAGAUGCCUGGCCCCUCCACCUGGCGCGGAUUUGCGCUCAAGCAGGCAUCCCGGAGCAACAAAGUCGCGCCCUGGGAUAUUGACGCUCGUGCACGCAAUAUGCUGAAGCUUCUCAAGCGCGCGCUUGAGAGUGGCAUUCCUGAGGACGGACCAGACUGCGUCGGCGAUGUCGAGGCAGCCAAACCGGUGCUCAGGCAGUUGGCUUCGUCGUCGAUAGUGUUGCUUAAGAACGAGGGGAACUUGCUCCCAUACAAAAGAGACAGAAGGGCGCCAAGUGGGAAGUCCGGAUAUUUGAUGAGGUUCUACGCUGAGCCUCCAUCAUGUACGAAACUACGCCAGCCCAUCUCAGAAGUAGAAACCACGGAUACGAUGGUUUACCUCACGGACUAUCGACACAAAGGUAUCAAGGGCUAUCUAUACUACACCGAACUAGAAGCCUACUUCGAACCAGAGUAUACAGGCGAGUAUACAUUUGGAUUGACAGUCUAUGGAACGGGCAAGCUAUACAUCGAUGGCAAGCUACUUACUGCAGGUACCAAGCACAAGAUCCUAGUGGACUUCGGCACAGCGCCCACCCAGACGACUUCGACAUUGGGCUCGACAAACAUGGGAGCAGGCGGCUUUAGACUCGGUUGCAUUAGAAACGUUGAUCCUGAGGAAGAGAUAGCGGCCGCGGUUGAGAUAGCUAGGGCCGCGGACAAUGUCAUAAUCUGUGCAGGGUUAAAUGAGGACUGGGAAUCAGAAGGAUUUGACCGGGUCGUACCAAGCCUCUCAGAUGAACUCAUCCGCCGAGUCGCUGCAGCAAACCCGAACACCACAGUGGUGAUUCAAUCUGGCACCCCUGUCACGAUGCCUUGGCUUGAACAGGUUCCUGCCAUCGUCCAAGCUUGGUAUGGAGGUAACGAAGCCGGAAAUGCUAUCGCUGAGGUCCUCUUUGGCGACGUCAACCCAAGCGGCAAACUGCCUCUUUCUUUCCCCCUGGUCAAGGAAGACAACCCGGCUUUCCUAAACUCAAGAUCAGAAGCCUGCCGCAUGUGGUACGGUGAAGAUAUUUAUGUCGGAUACCGCUUCUAUGAAAAGACUCGCAGGGCCCUCGCAUUUCCCUUCGGGCACGGGUUGUCCUUUUCAGAUUUCUCUAUCAAGGACCUAUGCUUGAGCGAGAGUGAAGACACAGAGGAAGACGUCGCCUUGACGGUCACGGCAUGCGUUGAGAAUAGAAGUGCUGUUGAUGGCCAUGAGGUUGUGCAGGUCGAUAUCCGCCAGCUAAACCCUUCCCUUGGGCGCCCCGUAAAGAAGCUUGAAGGAUUCAAGAAGGUCUUUGUGCGUGCCAACAGCACCCAGGAAGUCAAAAUCUCGAUUAGCAAGAAGCGAGCUACGAGCUUUUGGGAUGAACGCAGAGAUAGUUGGGUUUCCCAAAAGGAUACGUACGAGGUGCUUGUAGGCUCAAGCAGUGACAAGAUUGCACAGACGGCGGAGUUUGAGGUGUCGAAGACGCAAUACUGGCGAGGAUUAUGA